GCGGGGCAAGCCGAGGGCCGGCGGGAUGCGGCGCUGGGCGCUGGUGGCCGCGCUGGUGGCCGCGCUGUGCGCGCCCGCGGCGGGCGGCGGGCGGCGGCGGGCGGCCAGCCUGGGCGAGAUGCUGCGGGAGGUGGAGGCGCUGAUGGAGGACACGCAGCACAAGCUGCGCAACGCCGUGCAGGAGAUGGAAGCUGAAGAGGAAGGGGCAAAAAAGCUGUUAGAAGUCAGCUUUGAGGACUUACCUCCCAACUACCAUAACGAGUCCAACACAGAAUCCAGAGUGGGCAACAGAACUGUUCAGACUCAUCAAGAAAUCGAUAAGGUUACAGAUAACAAAACUGGAUCAACAGUUUUUUCUGAGACAGUUAUUACAUCCAUAAGAGAUGGAGAAAACAAAAGGAAUCAUGAGUGUAUCAUUGACGAAGACUGUGAACCAGGGAAAUAUUGCCAGUUCUCCACCUUUGAAUACAAAUGUCAGCUCUGCAAGCCCCAGCACACACCCUGCUCACGGGAUGUGGAGUGCUGUGGGGAGCAGCUCUGCGUGUGGGGCCAGUGCAGGAGAUCCACUUCCAGAGGGGAGAACGGCACCAUCUGUGAGAACCAGCACGACUGCAACCCUGGGACGUGCUGUGCUUUUCACAAAGAGCUUCUGUUUCCUGUGUGCACGCCCUUACCUGAGGAAGGUGAGCCCUGCCAUGAUCCUUCAAACAGACUUCUCAACCUCAUCACCUGGGACAUGGAGCCUGAUGGAGUGCUGGAGCAGUGCCCCUGUGCAAGUGGCUUGAGCUGCCAGCCUCAGAGCAGCCACAGGACUACAUCUGUGUGUCAGCUGUCUGCCAAUGAAACGCAGCACACUGAGAAAGAAGAUCCCUUAAUCAUGGAUGAGAUGCCCUUUCUCAGCUUGAUCCCUCAAGAUCUCCUCUCCGAUUAUGAGGAAAGCAGUGUCAUCCAGGAAGUGCGCAGAGAAUUAGAAAGCCUGGAGGACCAAGCAGGUUUGAAGCCUGAGCCCGAGUCAGCUCAGGAGCUGGUUUUGGGAGAUGAAAUCUAAAGCCCAAAGCACCAUUUUAGUUAGUUUAGAUAUUUUUUUUUGUUUAGUGUCUUGCUUGUAUGAACCCUGAACACCCACUACUGGAUAGAAGUGCAAUAAACGAGGUCUUCAAGGAGCAUCCUUCUCUGUGCACCAAACCUGCAUGUCCCUGUGGAAUUCAUUAAAUCCCUGUCUUCAAACCUUCUGCCAAAUGGGAACCAUAGGAGUGCUCUUCUGGAUUUGUAUUUUCCUCUUGUAUGUCAGAAAUAAACUUCUUAGUACUUGUACUCAUUAAAAAAUACACACAAGCACAAAUCAUUUUAAGUUACUAGAAA